GUGUGCUACAAACGCUCUAGUGUAUGUCUGUGUGUGUGUUUAUGUGUGUGUGACAGUGAGUGAGUGUAUAUUUCGGUGUAUGUGUCUGUGUGUUUGAUUGUAAACAACUGUGCUCAUGUGAGUUUGGGUACAUUUGUGUGUGUGUGUGUGUGUGUGCGUGCGUGCAUGUGUGCAUGUGUGUGUGGGUGUAUGUGUAUGUGUACUUGCUGAGUAUAGCUUGCAAAAGUGCCCCAGCAGAGCUCUCGUUCGCCCGAAUCUAAAAAUACUGAGUCACCCUGACCCUCACCCUGACUCCCAGCCACUGCCCAAGACAUCUAAUAACUCAUCUGCACUGAUAGAUCGGACAUGACACUUUUAUUUUGGUACGCGCCGGACCCCUGACUGAGCAAGAAUACAAAUGGAACCUUUGAUUGCCCCUGCAGGAGGAAUGCUGCAUUUAAAAGGCCAUCUCAGUGUCAUAAUAUAAUUAGCAACUUGGCUUUGAUGACUUAAGAAAAAGUAGAUGGUCACACUUGUUUUGGAGGGUAGACCUCAAAGCCUAUGGGCAUAAAGAGCUGUGAGUCUGCAAGUUCUUCAUAAAGCACCAGCAUUGCUCUGUAUCAGUCCGGUGUUGUUCCAGGGUAGGUACGGUUGGAGUUAGUCUGUAAACAAACAUUCCUGAAUUAAUUAGGUCUUGUUUCCUGGGGCUUUCGCUAUGAUCUAAUGGUGCACACAGCCACUGAGAGAGUACUGGACAAAUCAAAGAAAGGUGUGGCACGUUUACAUUUCAGGCGAGGUCAACAUUCAAAGACUGCUUCCUGUUCAGAAACGGAGAGCUAAAGAACGAGAGAGAACUUCUGUAUGCUGACAUUAUAGUUUUCAUAGAGAAUUGUUUUGUUUCCUUGAAGAUAGAUCAUGAAUUAAUAUCACUUUCAUGUGAGCCUAUUUCCAGUGAGUCGCCAUGCUUUGGAAAUUGAUGAGCUAAGAGACAGAGAUGUCAAUAAACAGGACGGUCGGACGUGACGUGAGGGUUAUUGGUAAACCAUUUGUCACGGGGAUCACUCUCAUCAGACCAGACUUUGCCUCCGCUCAGGAAGCAUGCUGCCCUUUGAGCCACCCCGCUCAGCACAAUAAUGGUAGAUAGGUUUUGGAGAAGGAGUGCCGAGUUCUUCGCCAGCCGGAGGUCCUCUUGGAGGAGGUCGCUGCACAGCGCUAAAGAGAGUGACACAGAUGUGGAGGGAGAUGUCCAGAGCGGUGAGCCCGGCUCGUCCCUGGACAGCGGCGCCAACUACAGCCAGGGUCCAGUGACCCGCAGCUCGUCCAUCAGCCCGGACCAGUUCGACGGGGCCAUCUACGGCCACCCGGUGCAGCCGGGUCCACAAAGGCCCCGACGGCCCAAACUGCAGCACUCGCAGUCCAUCCUGCGCAAACAGGCCGAGGAGGAGGCCAUCAAGCGCUCGCGCUCGCUCUCCGAGAGCUAUGAGCUCUCCACCGACCUCCAGGACAAACAGGUAGAGAUGCUAGAACGCAAAUAUGGGGGACGGUUCAUAACACGGCAUGCUGCACGCACCAUCCAAACGGCGUUCCGUCAGUAUCAGAUGAACAAAAACUUUGAGCGCCUGAGGAGUUCUAUGUCUGAGAACCGCAUGUCUCGGAGGAUCGUGCUGUCCAAUAUGAGAAUGCAGUUUUCCUUUGAAGGACCUGAGAAAGUCCACAGCUCCUACUUCGAGGGCAAGCAGGUAUCGCUGACGGACGAUGGCGGUCAGCUGGGAGCAAUGGUGGAGGAGUGCAGCGAGCUGGAGGAUUCUGGGAACAUGGCGUCCCCGGCCGCUCAGAGUGACCUGACGGACGCCAUCACCGAGCUGGAGGACGCCUUUUCCCGGCAGGUGAAAUCGCUGGCGGAGUCCAUCGAUGACGCGCUGAACUGUCGCAGUCUCCACGGCGAAGAGGGCCCUUCGGAGCAGGCGAUGGGUCGCCAGGAGGUGGAGCCGGAGAUCGUGUACCAGAUCAGGCCAGCGCACGCGCCCAAUCGGCACAAGCUGGACGACAUGAUGGCCUCCUACAGCGACGUGACUCUCUUCAUCGACGAGGAGGAGCUCUCGCCGCCCAUCCAGCUCGCGCGCUCGUCCCUGGACCAGCCGUCCAGCACCGAGUCGGACCAGCGCGGCCAGUCCAUCAGCUCUUCGCAGGAAUACUGGCCGCUCGACCCCAAGGACGACAAGGACACGGACACGAGCUGCCGGAGCACGCCCUCGGUGGAGUGCCAUGAGCAGCAGCCGCAACAGCGACUGCGGGUGGACCACCUGCCACUGCUGACCAUCGAACCACCCAGCGACAGCUCGGUGGAGCUCAGCGACCGCUCCGAGCGCAGCUCCGUCAAGCGACAGACGGUGUUCGAGCGCACGGUGGUCGGUCCGCCACAGGCCAGCCCCAAACACAUCUCGCACGGACUACCUCCCCGCGUCCCCGUCCCGCAACGCGGCGACGAUGACCACCCCAUCCGACACCGGCACCGGCAGCUCGAGAGCCACCUGGCCAUAAACGGCAACCGCCAGAGCAAGUCCGAGUCGGACUUCUCGGACGGCGACAACGACAGCAUCAACAGCACGUCCAACUCCAUCGACACCAUCAACUGCAGCUCGGAGUCGUCGUCGCGCGACAGCCUCCGCGAGCAGACGCUCAGCAAGCAGACGUACCACAAGGAGACGCGCAACAGCUGGGACUCGCCCGCCUUCAGCAACGAUGUCAUCCGCAAGCGCCACUACCGCAUCGGACUCAACCUCUUCAACAAAAAGCCAGAGAAAGGUAUUCAGUACCUGACGGAGAGGGGGUUUGUCCCCGACACCCCUGUGGGAGUGGCUCACUUCCUGCUUCAGAGGAAGGGUCUGAGUCGACAGAUGAUUGGCGAGUUUCUGGGUAAUCGACAGAAGCAGUUCAACAGGGAUGUGCUGGACUGCGUGGUGGACGAGAUGGACUUCUCAGGGAUGGAGCUGGACGAAGCCCUCAGGAAAUUCCAGGCCCACAUCCGGGUGCAGGGGGAAGCACAGAAGGUUGAGCGCAUGAUUGAAGCUUUCAGUCAGCGCUACUGCAUAUGUAACCCUGGGGUCGUGCGUCAGUUCCGAAAUCCGGACACCAUCUUCAUCCUGGCAUUUGCUAUCAUCCUCCUCAACACGGACAUGUACAGUCCCAACGUAAAGCCAGAGAGGAAGAUGAAGCUGGAGGACUUCAUCAAGAACCUCCGAGGCGUUGAUGAUGGCGAGGACAUCCCUCGGGAGACUCUGGUGGGGAUUUACGAGCGCAUCCGCAAGCGUGAGCUCAAGACCAGCGAGGAUCACGUCUCUCAGGUGCAGAAGGUGGAGAAGCUCAUCGUGGGCAAGAAGCCGAUUGGAUCUCUUCACCAUGGACUGGGCUGUGUGCUGUCCCUGCCCCACCGCAGACUGGUGUGUUACUGCAGGCUGUUUGAAGUGCCAGACCCCAACAAGCCACAGAAACUAGGCCUACACCAGCGGGAGAUCUUCCUGUUCAACGACCUCCUGGUGGUGACGAAAAUCUUCCAGAAGAAAAAGAACUCUGUUACGUACAGCUUCCGGCAGUCCUUCUCUUUGUAUGGGAUGCAAGUCACUCUCUUUGAAAAUCAGCAUUACCCAAAUGGAAUCCGGCUCACGUCGGCCAUCCCAGGUGCUGACAUCAAAGUCCUCAUCAACUUCAACGCUCCAAAUCCUCAGGACCGCAAGAAGUUCACAGACGACCUUCGUGAGUCCAUUGCUGAGGUGCAGGAGAUGGAAAAAUACAGGAUAGAGUCGGAGCUGGAGAAGCAAAAGGGUGUGGUGCGGCCCAGCAUGUCCCAGAGCAUGUCGGGCCUGAAGAAGGAGGCAGGCAACGGCAGCAUGAGCCGUGCCAGCCUGGACGACACCUACGCCAUGGGCGAGGGGCUCAAGAGGAGCGCGCUCAGUAGCUCACUACGAGACCUCUCUGAAGCAGGCAAGCGUGGCCGGCGCAGCAGUGCAGGAUCACUAGACAGCAAUAUGGAAGGGUCCACCAUUAGCAGCCCACACAUCCGCCGGAGAGUCACCGCCCACGAGUGCUCCUCCCGCGGCCACCCGCCCGUCCCCAACUCCUCCUCCCUUCUGGGGUCCCUCUUCGGCAGUCGGCGGGGGAAGUCCUCCUCCUCUUCCUCCUCGCAGGGCCACCCUCCCCCGCCGCCCUCGUCCCACCCGACCCUGAUCGCGCACACGCCCCACCCGGCCAACCUGCACCACACGGCGCAUGCGGAGGGGCACGGCACGCACCACCACCAACACCACCAACAUUACAGCCACAGGGGGGAGCAGAACCCUCCGCCCUACCACCACCACCACCACUACCACCCGCCGUCGUCCUCUUCACACAGCCGGCGGGAGGCCCCACCGUCCUCAUCGUCACACUCACACCUCUUCCACCAGCAGUCCUCUCACGCCUCCUCCUCCUCCUCCCACGCUCCCCCCUCGCAGUACCCGGGCUACGGCUCACACGCGCACACACACACACACGCGCGCGCGCACUCACACGCGCACGGUCACUCGGGCCACGGGCAGCACACGUCGAACAUGUCGCACUCCUCGCAUUCCCAGCACGCGCCGCCCUCGUCCUCGUCAUCGCACCACCACCACCAUCACCUCCAUGGCCAGCAGGGGGCACCUGCGGGCCCAGGGCCCAGCAACUCCAAAACCAAACACAGCGGCAUCAGCACUGUGGUCUGACAGACUGGUGCUGGAGCCGAGAAUGACGCGUUGAGUGUCGUGUGUCGGGCGUCAGAUGGACAUGUCAGACAGACAGACAGACAGUGAGUGACCGGGCCGCUGUGAGCUGCAGCUGUGGUGCAGUUGCUCCUCCUGUUCAGCAGGGGGAGCUCUUACCAGCUGCAUAAUGUGCAGGUUUCCCAAAAAAGCAAAAACAAAGAAAGACUCCUACUACUACUCCAACUCUUACCUGACUGGCCUCAUUUCUCCAAAAGGAUGCUCCCUUAGCCGGCUCUUAUGUUAUCAUUGUUGGAUUUCUUCAGUUGUGUUCUCUUGUCCCCUGUCUCAGCAGUGUGCAUUACUCAGCCCCUCCUUCAACCAAAACUAACAUCUGCUCCCCCAGCAACAUUGCAUUUUCACAUUUCCAUUUUACCAGUACUCAUUCAUCUUCCCUUCAGUCCACCAGGGCGGAGGACGGGUGGGAAAGGCGUGUAUAAAGGUGACGACCGUGUUGCACAGUUGGCCUAUGGAACAUGGUCGUCAGAUGCUUCUAACUCUCACCUGUUUCUGGAAGCGGUUUUUCGUUUAUUUUAUGUUUAUUUAAAGUGCUUUUUGUAUGUUACUCACUAUAGGAAUUUAAUGUAUUGCAAGAGAAAGCGACGUUUUCAUUUCACAGUGGCCAGACAAAAGAAAAAAGAUUAACAUCAGUGUAGUCAGUCACAAAAGUAGUUGUUCUAGUGCUGUAUUUACUGUGGAUGACAGCUUUUCAUGUUGUCUCUUAGCAAUCAUAAAUAAAUGUGCCAACUAUUAAUGCAUUAUCUAUUUAGUCAAGAUUGCUUUGUGUACAGUAUAUUGUGCGUAAAGUAUUUUGUAGUAUACUUGCAGUUGCAACCAUUGUUAUAAUUGUAACUGUAAAAAGGCUGAGUUUCCUCAGAGUAAUGUCAAAUCUAUAUGGUCACGGGUGUAUUUGGACAUAUAUGUGAGACUCAUAUCAGUAGGAGAAGCAAGAGUUGAGCUUUUCCUUGAACCGAAAUGGGAGUUCAGCAUACUGUACAGUGGCAGCAUUGUGUUUGUUGAAGAUCUUAAGCAAAUAAGCCUCAGAGCAGAUUGGCAAUAGAUUGGCAAUACCUCCGGCUGCUAAUGGCACUAACACGUACUACAAAUGGUGUAAAAUACUACAUAAUAAUUUAGUAUGGAUGCUGAAGGAUGAAGGAAAACAUUCAGGGUAGUGAAUCAGAGAAUACAGGAACUGGAGUUCUGUGAAUCUCAGUGUUCUUCUCCACUUAGCCUUGGCCUGGUUUCUGAAAGACAUUGUAUGAUUGCUACGCUAUGUGCUACCAUGCGUUUACAGAACAUGGGCCCUGGCGAUAACUUUGCAGUACCUACAUUCUUGAUUUAUACAUAUAUAUUUUCCUUUUCUGCUUUGUUUUGUAUUUCAGUUAUUAAUGAUAAGAGACAAAUAUUUUUUAUUUAAUAUUAAAUAUUUUGGGUAAAUAUUUAAUAAUAAAUAUGAAUGUCUUAUUUUUCCUACCAUGCACAAAAUUCUUACUGGGCCAGUGACUGAAAUUAGUUCUUAGUUCUUUUCUAUGAAUUAUUAUUAAUUUUUAUCAGCUCAUGUGCAAUAUGUUUAUUUAGAUUUCAUGUUGGAACUCUCUGAACAAGCUAUCAUUGAAAGUGUUCCUCCAUUUUAUUUUGUCAAUGUUUCGUUUCAUUUUGUGUUUUCUUCAUAGCUCUCUCUGUGGCUUAACAGACAAGUCAUUUCUGAGAGUCUUUCUCUUCUGGAAUUCAACAGAAUGUCAAAUAAGUGAUAAGUGCAUGUUGUUUGUUAUUGAUGUGAGGCCAUUGUUGGUGUUUUUAUUUAUUUUUGCUAAAAUAAAUCAGUGUUACCAUUGCAACUAAGUGCAAUCAUCUUAAAAAAUGAAGUCUGGCACUUUUCCUCAUAGUGUUGAACCAUAUAGGAUUAUCAUUAGUUGCCCUACAAGACAUUCAGAUGAAUGAUCAAGCAGCGUUCCCAUUUGCAUACAGUACAGUUCAAGUAAGGGUGGAAUUUUAUUGCACUCAAUAAAAGCACACAAUAUCUUUAUUUCUCUUAUGUGAACAACAGAGUCCAUAUAGGGAUGAGGAAGCAGAACCCAAUGAAUGAUUAUUCAAAAGAAUACAUCAACAAUAAACAACUCACAGGGCUAGGCGGUAUACAAGGAACAGUUCAUGUUUGGUCAGGGUGUGUUGGUUCCUUCACAAAGCUCUCAGAAGUGUUUAAUCUUAACAUUCUUGUCUUCACAAACCAUGGAUCUUAAGUCCAUAUCAACUAAAUAUCACAACAACAGGAAGUAGUAGACGGUAUGGAAGUUUUUCUCUCUUUGGGAAAUUAUCAAUUGAAUGUCUUUUUUUAAUAAAUUCUGAAUUAUUUUCUAUGAUCAUAAAUGGUGAUGAUGUACAAAACAGAAGGAAAGUCAUGUAAGUCUACUUUGAUGUAUUGUUGUUCCAACUAAUGCCAGUGGCCAUGUUGCCCCAACAAAGCACUGCAUGUAACCAAUGCAUCCUGUUCUUGAUUCACUGUGAGCAGACUAACUCUGCCUGUUAAAGACCUUUUCUCCCUUCCCCUUUUUUUCUUUAUUUCUUUUUUUUUACUCUCCAAGUUGUGACCUGCGGUUCCAUUUUGAAAUUAUGUGUUAUUGAAGAUCGGCAUGCAGUUCACAUAGCUACAUAUCUAUAGUGUAAAAAAGGCCCUCGGUUCAAGCCCCACUUCAGGCUGCGAGUUGAAGGGCCUUGUUGUGUAAAUAAUUGAACAGAGAAGCAAGAUAUAUCUUAUAUGGAUAUGGGGGAAUGCAGGGGGGUACAACUGUAUGGAUCAGGGGACCAGGUGGGAAAAGUCUGCUUGUAAAUAGUAUGUAUAUAGAUAUACAGUAAAUAUAUAUAAAUAUAUCACAAGCAUUACAUAAUGUACACAGUCAUAUCAAGAGUGUAUUCCUGUCUUCUCUGAAGAGGGAGAGACAAAAAUCUAACCUGUCUCUGCUUCCAUCUGUGUUGGACGAUAUUGCAGUAGGCCUAUGCCGUCUCGGGAAAGCGGACUGUUUCUAGGGAUCACUGCCUCGCUCAUGUUCACCCACAAGCUGCUACUGUUCUCGCUCGAAAGAAAAAAUACACCAUCUUCACCAUACAGGACGGGAGGAGGGGAAAAAGAGUGCUGUCAUUGUAAUAUGCAUUCUGUUUGUAAGUGGUUAAAGAAAAAAAAUAUCUCAUCAAUGUAAAACUUCGACUGUGACGAUGUUGAGAACGCAAAAAUAAAACAAAUAUAUGACCUAAA